AUGGUUCCACCACUUCCUCCCGAAAGUAUGAAAGAAAUUCUAGAAUACUUAAAUGAUGAUAUGUCGGCAUUAUAUUCCUGUGUAUUUGUCAAUAAACAAUGGGCUCAGGUAGCUUUAGAGAUUUUAUGGAGGGACAUUUCGAAAUUUAGUGAACAAUAUAUAUUCAGUUAUUCAGCACCAAAAAUAAUUUCUACUUUAUUAUCUUGUUUACCUAAAGAAUCAAAAAACAUUUUAAGAAAUCGAGGAUUAAAAAUACCAAUAUCCACCAAACAACCUUUCUUUAAUUAUUCUGGAUCAUGUAGAUAUUUAGAUAUUUCACUUAUCAACAAAAUGAUUGAUCUAAUGAGACUUGAAUAUCGAGAUAAAGACAUUUUACUUCCAUAUUUUAAUAAUUCUGAAAUAUGUUUAUCAAAUUUAUCUGAGUUACAUUGUAAUACCACAUUACUUCCAGGAACUUUUUAUCAAUUAGCAUCAAUUUGUAAAAGUUUGGAAAAAAUAAUCAUCGAAGAUUGUUCUUCGGAUAAUGAAGGAUUAGCUACUUUAAUUGAGAUUCAAAAUAAUUUAAAAUCUUUGAAAAUUAUUACGAAAGGAAUUUCUUUUGGUAAAGGAAAAUUUUUAGGGGUAGGACGAUUUAAUAAGAAUGAUCUUAGUUGUAGAUAUUCAAAAAUAGCGACAGCCAUUUCAUCACAAUCAAAAAGUUUAAUACAUUUUCAUGUUGGAGGGAAAUUAUUAAAAGCGAUUCCACCCGAGAACAUUUCUUCCUUAUUAAAUUUACAAUCUCUUACCAUCACAUUUCAUGAUGAUAUAGAGAAUAUUUUAAAAUUAUCAAUAUUUCCUAAACUUAAAGAAUUAAAAUUAAAAUUAAUACCUCAAUUGGAAAGUGUAAUUCAAUUUAUUUCAAGAACUGAAGGAUAUCUUGAAACUAUUUAUUUUGAAAUUCCUUGUGUUUAUCCAUUUACUCAAAUUCCUUUAUUUAAUCAAACGGUAGCAAAAUAUUGUCCAAAUUUAAAAUAUUUAAACACAUGGUUCUUUAAUUUAGACGUGAAAGAAUUUAAACAAUUAUUUAUAGCUUGUCCAAAUUUAGAAACUCUAUCUGUAGCAAGUUAUAAAUAUGAUGAAGAAACAUAUGAAGCACAUAUUAAUGAAUUUUUGGAGAUAUUGGAAGAAUUAGAAAUCGAUUUGAAAUUAAAAUCCAAUCUUUGUAAGAUAGAAUUUUAUUAUUCUUGGGGGAUCGAUGUUGAUGUAUUAGAAGCAUUCUUAUGGAAAAGGAAAGAAAGAAAUCAAGAAUUAGAUAAAUCUCUUCAACAACCUUUGUUAUCUUUUUAUUUUCACAGUUCAUUCAUUUUUAGAUCUGAUGUUGAUUUCGCUGAUUAUUUGGAAUUAAAAUUUAAUCAAUUUAAACGAGAAGGAUUAGUUAAAGAUUUUGGAAUCAUGAAAUAUGAUGGAUUCAAAUGA